CUGCGUCAGACCAAUGGCGAUGGAGCUGAGUUGGAGCAGAGAAGUUUGAGUAAGAGAUAAGGAAGAGAGGUGCCCGAGCCGCGUCGAGUCCGCCGCCGCCGCAGCGCCUCUGCUCCGCCAACUCCGCCGGCUUAAACUGGACUCCCAGCUCCGCGAGGGCGCGGCGCAGCCGGGCAGCGGCUCUCUCAGCCUUGGCAACCCCAGGGGCCACUAUUUCCCACUUAGCCACAGCUCCAGCAUCCUCUCUGAGGGCUGUUCACCAACUGUACAACCACCAUUUCACUGUGGACAUUACUCCCUCUUACAGAUAUGGGAGACAUGGGCGAUCCACCAAAAAAAAAACGUCUGAUUUCCCUAUGUGUUGGUUGCGGCAAUCAAAUUCACGAUCAGUAUAUUCUGAGGGUUUCUCCGGAUUUGGAAUGGCAUGCGGCAUGUUUGAAAUGUGCAGAGUGUAAUCAGUAUUUGGACGAGAGCUGUACCUGCUUUGUUAGAGAUGGGAAAACCUACUGUAAAAGGGAUUAUAUCAGGUUGUACGGGAUCAAAUGCGCCAAGUGCAGCAUCGGCUUCAGCAAGAACGACUUCGUGAUGCGCGCCCGCUCCAAGGUGUACCACAUCGAGUGUUUCCGCUGCGUGGCUUGCAGCCGUCAGCUCAUCCCUGGGGAUGAGUUCGCGCUUCGGGAGGACGGGCUUUUCUGCCGUGCAGACCACGACGUGGUGGAGAGGGCCAGCCUGGGCGCCGGUGAUCCGCUCAGCCCUCUGCACCCGGCGCGGCCGCUGCAAAUGGCAGCCGAGCCCAUCUCUGCCCGGCAGCCGGCCCUGCGGCCCCACGUCCACAAGCAGCCCGAGAAGACCACCCGCGUUCGGACUGUGCUGAACGAGAAGCAGCUGCACACCUUGCGGACCUGCUAUGCCGCCAACCCCCGGCCAGACGCGCUCAUGAAGGAGCAACUGGUGGAGAUGACAGGCCUCAGUCCCCGCGUGAUCCGGGUCUGGUUUCAAAACAAGAGGUGCAAGGACAAGAAGCGAAGCAUCAUGAUGAAGCAGCUCCAGCAGCAGCAGCCCAAUGACAAAACUAAUAUCCAGGGGAUGACAGGAACUCCCAUGGUGGCUGCCAGUCCAGAGAGACACGAUGGUGGCUUACAGGCAAACCCAGUGGAGGUACAAAGUUACCAGCCGCCUUGGAAAGUACUGAGUGACUUCGCCUUGCAGAGUGACAUAGAUCAGCCUGCUUUUCAGCAACUGGUGAAUUUUUCAGAAGGAGGACCGGGCUCUAAUUCCACUGGCAGUGAAGUGGCGUCGAUGUCCUCUCAGCUCCCAGAUACACCUAACAGCAUGGUAGCCAGUCCUAUUGAGGCAUGAGGAACAUUCAUUCAGAUGUAUUUUUUUCCCUGUUGGAGAAAGUGGGAAAGUAUAAUGUUGAACUCCGAAACAAAAGUAUUUAACGACCCAGUCAAUGAAAACUGAAUCGAGAAAUGAAUGCUCCAUGAAAUGCACGAAGUCUGUUUUAAUGACAAGGUGAUAUGGUAGCAACACUGUGAAGACAAUCAUGGGAUUUUACUAGAAUUAAACAACAAACAAAACCCAAACCCAACAUACGCUAUCCAAUGACCUUAGGAGUACUGAAAAAAAAAAAAAAAGACGUUUUUAAAACGUAGAGGAUUUAUAUUCAAGGAUCUCAAAAAAAGCAUUUUCAUUUCACUGCACAGCUAGAGAAAAGCAGAAAUAGAGAUUUUCUAGUCCAUCCUAUUCUGAAUGGUGCUGUUUCUAUAUUGGUCAUUGCCUUGCCAAACAGGAGCUCCGGCAAGUGAGCAGGAAGAGAAAACUGGCCUCCUUGGCUGAAAGUCCUUUCAGGAAGGUGGAGCUGCGUUGGUUUGCGAUGUUUUUCGUUGACUUUAACAAGGGGUUAAUUGAAAUCCUGGGUCUCUUAGCAUGUCCUGUAGCUGGUUUCUUUUUUACUUUUGCCCCUCCCCCUUCUUCUUCUUCUUCUUCUUCUUCUUCUUCUUCUUCUUCUUCUUCUUCUUCUUCUUCUUCUUUUUUGAGAUCCAUCCUCUAUCAAGAAGUCAGAAGCGACUUUAAAGGUUUUUGAAUUCAAAUUUAAAAACCAACUUAUAAAGCAUUGCAACAAGGUUACCUCUAUUUUGCCACAAGCGUCUCGGGAUUGUGUUUGACUUGUGUCUGUCCAAGAACUUUUCCCCCAAAGAUGUGUAUAGUUAUUGGUUAAAAUGACUGUUUUCUCUCUCUCUGGAAAUAAAGAGGAAAAAAAAAAAGGAAACUUUUUUUUUUGUUUGCUCUUGCAUUGCAAAAAUUAUAAAGUAAUUUAUUAUUUAUUGUCGAAAGACUUGCCACUUUUCAUGUCAUUUGACAUUUUUUGUUUGCUGAAGUAAAAAAAAAAGAUAAAGGUUAUACCGUGGUCUUUGAAUUAUAUGUCUAAUUCUAUGUGUUUUGUCUUUUUUCUUAAAUAUUAUGUGAAAUCAAAGCGCCAUAUGUAGAAUUAUAUCUUCAGGACUAUUUCACUAAUAAACGUUUGGCAUAGAUAAAUAAAUAAAUGCAAUGA